CGAAGCUACCUGGCUGUAAUUCAAAGACUACAAAUUUGAGGGAUGAAAAUUGAAGACCACCAAAAUAUGGCCAUUUGUGAGAGGGCAUGCUAUUUUCCCCAAAAGUGAACAGUUCAUUCUUCUUCCAUAUAUAACACUCUAAAAGGUUGGAUUAUCGUAUCAAAUUCUUGAAAAGGGUUUAAGCUCUGCCACCCUAAUGGAAAUUGCUAGCUAUGAAUCACUGCCAGUUCUUCCACCUGAGUUAAUAUCUGAAAUACUCCUAAGGCUAUCUGUGAAAACAUUGUUGAAAAUGAGGUGUGUUUCUAAAUCUAUGCUUUCUCUAAUCUCUAGUCACCAAUUCAUCAGAAACCAUCUAAAACUUUCAGCCAAUAAUCAAGAAUUUACUCACCAUAGGCUUCUUUUUAGAAACUUUGAGUAUGAUAAUAAUAGCUUGACUUUUUACACUUACCCUUUGUACCCAACUAUGUAUGAAGUACCUCAACAUAUACCUACUGAGCUUGAUUUUUCUUGUGAAGAUACAUUUGGUGAUAGAUAUCGAAUCUUGGGUUCGUGUGAUGGGUUGUUUUGUAUUUCUCGUGAUUUUGAGGAUUUGUUUAUAUGGAAUCCAUCUACAAGAAAGUUGAAAGAAUUGGCCCCUUCAGGAAUUAAUGUGCCCCGUACGGAUAGUUUUGAUGAUAUUUCGUAUAGAUUUGGUUAUACUGAACUUCAAAGUGAUUACAAAGUUGUAGAAACUGUGGGAAGUCAACACAAUAAUAGUUAUGAUGUUAGUGUUUAUAGUUUAAGAAGUAAUUCUUGGAAAAGAAUUCAAGAGUACCCAAAUAUUAUCUUAUGGGAUCAUUCUGGUAAAUUUUUAAAUGGAAAAAUUCACUGGAUCGCCGGAGAUCGUGUUGGUGGUGUUAGAUUUAUUUCUUCAUUCAACCUUGCAGAUGAGACAUUUGGAAAUGUAGCGUUGCCCGACCUGAAUGAGUAUGAAUUUGACUGGGAAAUAGGUUCUUCUGGAGGUAAUAUAUGUUUAUUUUGUUGCGAGGAAAACAAGACAGAUGUGUGGGUAAUGAAAGAGUAUGAGGUUGUUGAGUCAUGGACCAAGGUGUUUUCGAUCCCCUCACAAGACUAUGAAGCUUGCCCAAUUUUCAUCUCUCAGAAUAAUGAAAUUUUGGUGCACCAAUCUAGAAGUUUAGUGUGGUAUAAUUCACAACAUAGCACUUUCAUGCAUCCUGAGUUUUGGAUACGUUGUGAUGCUGCAAACAAUCUUGGUCUAUACAAUGAAAGUCUUGUUUCUCCAAAUUUUCUGGAGGAACCUACGGAUCAAUGAGUGAAACGGUGGAAAUUCGCGCUAUGGUCUUUGAGGUCUUGUGCAUGAUGAAGAACUAACCAUAUUUUCUCUGUAAAUGAUUCUGGAGUUUUAGCAAAUAGUUGAACAAACUUGUAGCAUGACGUAAUCAACGUCAAAUUUUGGUUGGAGGCAGACAACUAGACCUUACUUCAUGUACUGGAAGUAUAAUAUCUUCUUUUUUCUAAAUAUUUCAAUCUCAGCCGUGUCAAUGGUACUUACUUUUGUCGAAGAUCCUUUAAAGGUAGCUUCUUUUUAUUUAUUUUCUAUUUUUUGUGGCGUCUGCAUCGCAAAACUCUCAACUGUACUUAUUUUAUAUUGUUGUGGUAGGAAAAAACGAAGGUCUUGAUCAGGUUAAGAAUU